CUUUUCUUCAAACAACUCUUGGCGAGUGUUCCAUUAUGAUGGAGAGACAUUCGGUUGCUUUGUUUACAUUCCUUUUGUUCAUUUUUGUUCUCAAUAUCUCAGAAAUCGCGGCGGUGAAGUCAAAAAUUUGUGAAAAACCUAGCAAGACAUGGUUUGGAGACUGCAAACACACAGAAAAGUGCGAUGAACGAUGCAUAGAUUGGGAGGGUGCUAAGCAUGGAGCUUGCCACCAACGUGAAGCCAAAUACAUGUGCUUUUGCUACUUUGAUUGUGAUAGCAAAAAGAAUCCUAAAGUACCCAAACCUCCUCCAGGUGCUCCUACUAAGCCUCCAGAAGGUGGCGGUGAAGGAGACGCUCCACCAGAAGGCGGUGAAGGAGGAGGUGGCGGUGAAGGAGGAGGCGGUGGUGAAGGAGGAGGAGGUGGUGAAGGCGGCGGUGGUGGUGAAGGAGGCGGCGGUGGUGAAGGAGGAGGUGGCGGUGAAGGAGGAGGUGGUGAAGGAGGUGGCCGAUAA